AUGACACGCAAUUUAAGGAAUCGUCAAAACAAACAGGCUGCUGAAAACAAUAUGAAUAAUGGUGAACAACCAAUUGUAAGUUCAGAAUCUAAUACAGUAGUUACAGAUGCGAAUGGUAUAGUCCAUACAUCACAUAGAUCAUUACGGAGAAUAAACUAUGCAGAAAUCGAAAAAGGGUUCGAUUUCCUUGAGCAAGAUGAAGAUGAGAUGCAAGAUGAUAUACCUCAUCCUAAUAAUAAGGACACACUCAUCCCAAUAGCAUCAAAUGAUGAUGACGACAAUAGGGAAAGAAAUGAGAUCGAUAAUAGUAAUGGCAACAGUAGCAAUAAGAAAAGGAAAAUGAAUAAUAACCAUCACCAUGAUCCAGAAGAUGACGAUGAGAGCUUUAAUGAAGAAGACGCUGAAAUAGAUGAAGAUGAGAUACUCGAUGAUGAUGAUGAUGACGACAUAUAUACAGAGGAUGUUCCACUGAAAGAUCGGCGUAGACGAGCAGAUAAACAAUUCAUUGUUCAAGACAAUGACGAUGACGAUGACGAUGAACAAAUAAGUUAUCGUGCUAACCAUCGUUCUUCAAGAGUAGCAAAAAGAAGAAGAACACCUGAAACGACACCACCUCGUCAAUUAAGGUCUCUCAGAAGUAGAACACGCUCUUCAUAUAACGUUAAUGAUAAUAAUAAUAACGAUAAUAAUAAUAACGCAGAAGAAGGAAGCCAAGAGGGUAAUAUCACUUUAGCUGAUGAAAUAAGAGAGUUGCAAGAGGAUAGUCCUAUCCAGGAAAAGAGAUCUCUACGUGAAAGAAGGAAACCUGUAAAUUAUAGAAUACCACCUCCUUUAUCUGCAGCAAAUCCUAGCAAUGAUUAUUUGGAUGACGCUCUAGCUUUCUCAAACCCAUCACCGUCACGUCGUGGUCGUAAUAAUACAAUGAGAUGGAACUCUACUCAAAAUAUGGGACCAACAAGACGAUUAUUCCCCACAGGUGGACCAUUCGGUGGUAAUGAUGUCACUACCAUAUUCGGGAAGAAUACAAACUUUUAUAAUCAGGAUCUAUAUCCGGCUAAUAUUGGUGCUAACACUAAUAACAAAUUACUAUUAGAUUCAGAUUCAUCUGAUGAUGAAAUAUUACCCCUUGGUGCCACUCCAAAGGCUAAAUCCAAAGAAUCUAUCGAAAGAAAGAAAAAUAGAAAGAAGAAGCCAGAAAUUGCAGAUUUAGAUCCAUUGGGUGUCGAUAUGAACAUUUCCUUCGAUGACGUUGGUGGACUAGACAAUUAUAUAGAUCAAUUGAAAGAGAUGGUCGCAUUACCAUUGUUAUACCCCGAAUUGUAUCAAACUUUUAAUAUUACUCCACCACGAGGUGUCUUAUUCCAUGGUCCUCCUGGUACAGGUAAAACAUUAAUGGCAAGAGCCUUAGCAGCAAGCUGUUCUUCAGAUUCUCAAAAGAUAACUUUCUUUAUGCGUAAAGGAGCUGAUAUCCUCUCCAAAUGGGUUGGUGAAGCAGAACGUCAAUUACGUUUACUUUUCGAAGAGGCGAAAAAGCAUCAACCUUCUAUAAUCUUUUUCGACGAAAUUGAUGGGUUAGCACCAGUAAGAAGCUCUAAACAAGAACAAAUUCAUGCGAGUAUUGUAUCUACUUUAUUGGCUCUUAUGGACGGUAUGGAUAAUAGAGGACAAGUUAUCGUCAUUGGUGCUACUAAUAGACCAGAUGCUGUUGAUCCAGCAUUAAGAAGACCUGGGAGAUUUGAUAGAGAGUUUUAUUUCCCACUGCCUGAUGAAAAGGCCCGUUCUAAGAUUUUGAAAAUACACACCAAGAAAUGGAAUCCUCCUUUAAGUGAUGAUUUUAUAGACAACUUAGCUACAUUGACUAAAGGUUAUGGUGGUGCAGAUUUGAGAGCCUUGUGCACAGAGGCAGCUUUGUUUUGUAUUCAAAGAAAAUUUCCUCAAAUUUAUAGAAGUAAUGAAAAAUUACUAGUGGAUCCAAAGGAUUUAAAAGUAACUCCAACCGAUUUUAUGUUGGCUUUGGAAAAAAUUGUUCCAUCUUCUGCAAGAUCUACAGGUAGUUCACCAGAACCAUUACCAGAUUCAAUUAAACCAUUAUUAGAAAGACAGUUCGAAGAAUUGAAACUGAUAUUAGAUACAAUACUACCGAAGGGUAAUCUUCACAUCAAGAGAGAUACAUCUUUAAUUGAACGAUAUAUUGAGUAUGAAGAUUUGAACAGUGAUCUAGCAGAAGACAAUAAUACUCUGGAAUUUAAUAAACACAAAUUAAUGAAACAAAUCGAACAAGCUCGUAUUUGUAAACCAAGGUUAAUUAUUACUGGACCAAGUGGCAAUGGGCAGCAAUAUAUUAGUGCGGCCAUCUUGAAUUAUUUGGAUAAAUACAAUGUUCAAAAACUUGACUUAGCAUCUUUAUUCUCUGAAACAACAAAAUCUAUGGAAGCCACUGUAGUUCAAAGUUUUAUCGAAGCAAGAAAGAGACAACCCUCCGUCAUACUAAUACCGAACAUUGAUAUAUGGCUUAGAACCGUUCCCCCUUCAAUUAUUUCAACUCUAUCCAGUCUGUUAAGAUCUUUACAAGGUUCCGAAAAAAUCUUACUUUUAGCAAUUGGUGAAGAUAUAUCUAGUGAUCAGAUUGCAUCAGAACCAUUGUCUCAACUUUCCCUUUCAAGAAACAUUUUUUAUUUGAAAGAACCAUCUACAAAACAAAGGACAGAAUACUUCAAUACCAUCGCAUCACUGUUAAAAACAAAACCAACGUCUUUCCAUCAAUUACAAAAAAGGGCGAAACCAUUAGCUAAACUUCCAACAGUUGAAAGCCAAGUAUCACCUGAAAAUUUAGACAGCAACGGUAAUCCUUUAUCUAAAAAUGAUAUCCUAAGAAAAAAAUUGAGAUCAUUCCAACAUCAAGAUAUGAAAUUAAAGAAUAUAUUGAAAAUAAAAUUGUCAGGCUUAAUGGACCUAUUUAAAAAUAGAUAUAAGAGAUUCAGGAAGCCACCAAUAGAUGAUGCGCUUUUAAUUCAUUUGUUUGAACCUCAACCGAUAGAUGAUCCCAACUGGCAACCUGCAUAUGUUAAGGAUAAUGACAUGAUUCUUGAAGUUGCCACAGGUAGAAGGUUUUUCAACAUGGACUUAGAUAUUGUUGAAGAAAGAUUAUGGAAUGGUUAUUAUUCAGAACCUAAACAAUACUUAAAAGAUAUCGAACUGAUAUAUCGUGAUGCUAAUACAAUGGGUGAUCGUGAAAGAAUUAUUAAAGCUUCUGAAAUGUUUGCUAAUGCUCAAAUGGGUAUCGAAGAUAUAUCGACUCCUGAUUUUAUUGCUGAAUGUAAGGCAACUAAAUUAAGAGAUUUGGAAAGGAAAGAGUUGUCUCAAAAAGAUGAACUUCUUAGAUUAGAAAAGGAGAAGCUAGCUGAGCAGAAUCUUCAAGAUACUAAUGCUGCCCAAGCUACUGACGAAGAUAUACCUCAUCCUGCCGAUAAGGCAGAAAUAGUAGAGUUAGGUGUUGCGGCAGGCACUCAAUUGCAACUACAAAUCCAAGAAAAGAAACCUCAUUCUAAUAAAAUUGAUGAACUUAAUCCGGAGGAAAAGGACAGUGUUGCAACCCAAGAAAGUGGAAUGGUACCAGACGCCAUCAAAGAUGCUAGUACGAUGAUUGACAAUAUUCCAAGCCAACGUACUCUUGCAAAGGAUGAAAAGGAGACGGAGGUCAUUCCUACCGCAGAACGAUUAGUAAAGACUUCAGAAGAUUUAUCAGAGGAUAAUGUAGAAAAUAGUGUGGCAAGUAAAAUAGAUCUUGACAAGGAUCCUCUUCAGCGAAGAACUGAAACUUCCGAAGAACCAUUGAAGGAAACCAUUGUCAAGCACCCAGAUAAUGUCAUUGUCGAUGAACGUUUAUUAGAGAGUAUUGUUGAUUCAUUACAGAAAAAAACUAAACAUCAUGCUGUUUCAUACUUGGAAAAUAUAUAUUCGGAAGUAAUUGAGCUCGUCUGGGAAGAUCGUUAUUUAUGGGACAAGACUGAAACUGUCCAAAAAAUUAUCCAGUUUAUAGAAAAUUAA